CACCGCCAUUUUGUUGUACGGCGAACGGUAACGGAGAGGGAAAUGGCGUCAGGGGAGGUGACGUCCUUCCGGCAGCGCUGAGGCGCGCACUUUGAGCGCCGGUUGCUAUGCCAUCGGCCCGUGGGAUUGUCCCUGCGUGGGGUCGUCCCGGGGGUUAGACCUGCCCUCGGCGCUUCUCGGAGUCCCGUUGCGGCAGCAGGAGGAAGAGGAAGGUCCCCUGAGGAAGAGCACCCACUGUCCCCACGUCGCCGCUUCCCGAGGGACGGAGGAAGGGCUGACAUCCGCCUUCCCGUUCGCAGGAGAGUGGCGAGGGAAGAUGGAGGAAGGGAAAGCGUAUUCACCAGAUGGGGUGUUUGCUCACCUGGAGAUGCUGGAGGCGCGGGCUCAUGAGGCAGCUGUGAAGCAGGAGGAAAUGGAGCAGCAAGAAGAGAAGCUGGCCAGGCUGAAAGCGAGAGCGCAAGAGCUGAGACUCCAGAGGGAUGAGCUGCGGGCUAAAGUGGAACUGCAGGAAAAGGGGCAACUUGGGAAAGGAGGAGUCAUGUCGGAUCCAGCACAGCCCAGUGCUCGGGCUGUUUUAGAGUGGAAGAUAAAAAGUGUUGAGGCCACGCUGCAGGUCUUUUACCUCACAGGGAUCAGCGGGAAGCUGACCAAGCGGGGAGUGUGUUUCUGCAUCAGCACAGCUUACGAGGGCACCUACCUGGAUUCCUACUGCCUGGACCUGCUCAUCAAGCCCGAAGUGCAGAUUCACCGCCACUCCGUCCCCGUCUUCAUCCCCCUGGAGCAGAUCGCCAAGAAGUAUUUGCAGACGGACAUCAGGCGCUUCUUGUCCGUCCUGUCGGACCACCUGAACGCUUACGCGGGGAGGAGGUACCAGGCAGACCAGUUACAGGAACACUUUUCAGACCAGGUAGAAGGAACCUUGCAGAGAAACUCCUUGUGUAACUUGCUGGUCUUCAGUUACAACGUGUCGAGUAAAAGCAAGACCUUUCCGUUCAAGGUGAGGCUGCUUUACGGAGAUCUCUGUUGCAGCCUCCCCACUGAAGUCGUCGUUUCCUGCGCACCGGACGCUCCUGUAUCUCUAGCGGAGACGGCAGCGGCUCACUCAGACCUGUUUCGCCGCGUGGCCCUGCACAAAGCCUUCCGCUCCUUCAGCAGCGCUGACGAAAGCGUGGAUGGAGCGCCGUAAACCACCCUGGCUCCCCUCGGUAAUGCGCCUCCCCGAGCUCCCCUGCCUGCGGGGAGCGAUCUGGAACUGCAAACGUUUUCUGUGGACUGCAGUGUUGCUGCUGGGAACCCCCCGAGGAAGCGAUUGGCCCUGUUUGAACCUUGAGAGCAAUGUUUCCGUGAGGCUUUUGGGUGCCUGUUGUUGCAGGUAAUCUUUCCUCAGCGCCGUGCUUCUUGUUUGAGUGCUGAUCUCUGCCGUUGGUGCCGCAAAACUCCACAAUUGCAAGAAAUGAGAAAUUAUAUUAAAAGUUCAAGGUCUCGGUGCUUCGGGGGCGAUGCCCCAGGGAUCAGCACUGCACGCUUAGCCAGCGCACCUCGAAAAGAGGGGAGCAAGCGGAAUAAUCUCUGCCCUGCUUACGGCAGUCAGGAAGGGACUUUGUGUUGGGAGCUGGAAGGGGUUGAGGGACAGAGGUGAGGUUUAGUUAUUGCCAGCAGCAGCCCGCGGGCUGUGGUAACCCCCACCCCGAGCGUGAACACUGAACUUUCCAGAAGAUUUUGCACCAGCAGCAGCUCUACACGUGCUAUUUCUUUCCCUUCAGGCGUGGGGCAGAUUUGCUGGUGUCCCAUCGUCGUGCUUCAGGUCUGGAUCAGAUCUUUAAAAACUUUAAAAAUCAGUGCUUUAACAACUUGUUAA